UACCGCCGUCUGCAAUCCUCUCACUGGUGCAGGUGCUCUGUCUCGGCGAGAGAGGAUGCGAAAGGAGAGCAGGGAAGGGAUAGAGAGAAGGAAAGCGCCGGUGAAAAAGUGUGCAGGGCAUAAAUAAAGGGAUAUCAACUGCGGCAGAGCGCAAUUAUCGACCUGGGAGCUCAGCAAUGAAAGGUUUAUUGAAAGGGGCACUUUGAGAUAUGAUGAGGUUUCUUUCUGGUUGGGAAUAGUACUAUGAUUUGGUAUGUGGCCACUUUGAUAGCAAGUGUAUUCAGCACCCGAGGAACGGCAGCUCAAGGUGCCCACGGCGUGCGAGAGGAGCCCCAGUUUGUGACGGCACGCGCUGGAGAGAAUGUCAUCCUGGGAUGCGACGUGGCCCACCCCCUUAACGGCCAGCCCUAUGUGGUGGAGUGGUUCAAGUUUGGAGUGCCCAUCCCCUUCUUCAUUAACUUCCGGUUCUACCCUCCUCAUGUGGACCCAGAGUACGCUGGUCGAGCGAGUCUACAUGGCAAGUCUUCUCUGCGGAUUGAGAAGGUGCGUUCAGACGAUCAGGGCUGGUAUGAGUGUAAGGUCCUGAUGCUGGAGCAGCAGUAUGACACCUUUCACAACGGCAGCUGGGUGUACCUCACAGUCAAUGCUCCCCCGAAUUUCACAGAUACACCGCCACAGUACGUGGAGGCAAAGGAAGGAGGCAGCAUCACCCUCACUUGUGUGGCAUCCGGGAACCCAAGGCCCUCCAUCAGCUGGCUCCGGGAGGGCGAAAUCGUGCAGGACAGCAGCAAGUACAAGGUGACUGAUGGGAGUCUGACAGUGCUGUUGGUCAGCCGUGAGGACAGAGGGGCGUACACUUGCCGAGCCCACAGCAUCCAGGGGGAGGUGGUCCACACCACACGCCUGCUUGUCCAAGGGCCACCGUUCAUCGUGAACCCUCCCCAGAAUCUGACAGUUAACAUAUCCCAGGAUGCAAAGCUGGACUGCCUGGCCGAGGCCUACCCAGGAAACCUCACCUACACCUGGUUUUGGGAGGACGGCAACGUCUUCUUCAAAACUGGCCUGAGGGAUAGAGUUAGUAUUCUGGUGGACGGCUCGCUUAUCAUCAGCAGUGUGAAGCCAGAGGAUGCUGGGAGAUUUACCUGCAGUCCCAGUAACAGCCUGGGUCGGCCCCCAUCCGCCUCGGCCCAGCUCACAGUGCAAUACCCUGCCCGUGUCAAAGACAUGCCACCUGCCAUUUAUGCAGCCAUCGGCCUGCCAGGCUUCAUCCGCUGCCCAGUUGAUGCCAACCCGCCCGUCACCUUGGUCAAGUGGACCAAAGAUGGCAACCCCCUCCGGAUAGAGAAGUACCCUGGUUGGAGCCAAAUGGAGGAUGGAAGCAUCCGUGUGGCUGAGGUGACGGAGGACUCUCUGGGUACUUACACCUGCAUGCCUUACAACGCCCUGGGCUCCGAGGGAUGGUCCGAUCCAACUCCCCUGGUGCUAAAGGAUCCCCCAAAGUUUUCGAUUGUUCCUGGAGGGGAGUACAGGCAGGACGUUGGGAGAGAGCUGGUCAUCCCCUGUGCAGCUGAGAGAGAAUUUCCCUAUCCCAACAUCACGUGGAGGAAGGUAGGGAAGCCCAGUAAAAGCAAGCACAACGUCCUUCCAACCGGCAGCUUACAGUUCAAGUCCCUGAGCAAGGAGGACCAUGGGGAAUGGGAGUGUGUUGCCACCAACGUCGCAACGAGCAUCGCUGCCAGCACGCACCUCCUAGUUAUUGGCACAAGCCCCCACGCCCCGGCCAACGUCUACGUGACGGUCUCCACCACCUGGGCCAACGUGUCUUGGGAGGCGGGCUAUGGCGGCGGCUUCGAGCAGACAUUCUCAGUCUGGUAUGGCCAUGUGGUGAAGAGGGAGCAGCUGGGCCCACAUGACUGGCUGUCCAUGCCUGUGCCCCCUGCCCAAUUGUGGCUGGUAGUGACUGGCUUGGAGCCCCAGACCGCCUACCAGUUCAGUGUCCUUGCGCAGAACAAACUGGGUACAGGCCCCUUCAGCGAGGUUGUCACUGUGAACACACUAGUAUUUCCUAUAAGUACCCCUGAACCACUGGUGCUGCUUACCCCACCACGGUGCCUCACAGCCAAUCGGACGCUGCAGGGGGUCUUGCUCAUGUGGAUCCCACCGGCCAACCACACAGCUCCGAUUGAGCGCUACGUUAUGGAAUUCCGCCUGGGGGAGAGGUGGGAAGUCUUAGAUGAUGCCAUCCCUGCCAGAGAGACCGAGCUGCUAGCAAGAGACCUCAUUCAGGAGGCUUGGUAUGAGUUCCGGGUCAUGGCGGUAAUGGAGGAGCUGGUCAGUGAGCCCAGUAACACAGUAGGAGUGUCCAGCACAGACUUCUUUCCGCCCCCAGAGAUGGUAGACGAGGGUGGGCUGGCACGGCCGGUGGUGGCAGGAAUCGUGGCCACCAUUUGUUUUCUUGCUGCUGCCGUCCUCUUCAGCACGAUGGCAGCCUGUUUUGUCAACAAGCAACGCCGACGAAAGCUCAAGAGGAGAAGAGACCCCCCUCUCUCGAUAACACACUGCAGAAAAAGUGUGGAAACUUUGACUCCUCUUAGCCUCUUGCCAGGCAUAGAGCCCUACUGUGAGGGGCCAGACAACAGUAGCUACCGGCCCUCGCCCUCCAGCCCUCAGUCUUCCUCUGGUAAGGUGAGUCCGGAGAGUAUGCAUUCCGUCAGACCACCAUCAGAGGGUUCUGAGGAUGGCCAUGGCAUGAGCAUGAAGAAGAUCCCUCCAAGUCCUGCAAAGAAGGAAGAACUCUCCCUGUACAAAAAAACCAAGAGAGCAAUAACAAGCAAAAAGUACAGUGUGUCCAAAUCUGAAGCGGAGGCUACCACACCCAUCGAGUUGAUUAGCCGAGGCCCUGAUGGUCGUUUUGUCAUGGACCCCAGCGACAUGGAGAUGAUGUCUGUCAAGCCCAGGCGAAUUGAAGGCUUCCCCUUCGUUGAAGAGUCAGACCUUUACCCCGAAUUCCGCCAGUCAGAUGAGGAGAAUGAUGAUCCUGGGCCCAUGCCACCUGUCAUGGCAACACUUCGACCUCACCAGAUCUCUCCCAUCUCUAGCCAGGAGUCUUACCUGCAGCCACCGGCCUACAGCCCCCGUUUCCAGAGGCCCAUGGAAGGUAUGACCAUCAUGGAGAGCAGUCGGCUCCAAGCCACAGGGCAGAUCCGAGGCUCACUGCACCACAGAGCCUUCCCCUACAGCCAUUUCUAUGGCUACCUUGGCAGCCCUGGGGAACCUGAACCUCCAACCCCUUUCUACAUGCCUGAAACCAGCCCUCUGAGCUCUGUUAUGUCGUCACCCCCUUACCACCCCGAAGGGCCCUUUGGUCACCCCCGCAUCCCUGAGGAGAUGGGGGAAGGAGAAAUUCAACACUUUGCAGUCUCAAGCUUCCCCCUUCCCCUGACAUUCACCUCUUCCGCUCGCUCCCCUGAGAUCUGGCACAGACCGGAUUUCCCCUUUGCGAGUUUGGAGGGGCCCCACUUCAUUUUCCCUCCCCAUCACCCUUUGCAUCUUCACCGGGAAUCCUUCUUUCCUACUUCCCAUGUUCGUCCUCCUGGUGCUCUUCAGCCCUCCUUCCAGGUGCCCUCCUACCCCGGUGUCCUGCAGCUGGAGGCCCCAAAGAGCCGCCCAGGCAAGUCUCCAAGCAAGUUUAAGCUGCAGGGCCUUCCAGCCAAGCAUUUAGCUAUGCAAGAGGCACCGAAUCUAGGGCAGCUAAGACACACAAGCCACAGUAUGGGUGUGCCGAUUUUGCCUUACACCGAACCAGCAGCCCACAUUGGCGGCCCUAGCACAUUCAGUAGCCUGGACACCCGGUGGUUCGAGCCCACCCCACGGCUUAGCCCCAGGCAGGUUCGUAGGAUGGAGCCAAGCCUGAUGGUCCUUCAACCUUCCCGCCUCUCGCCCCUCACCCAGAGUCCCCUUAGUUCCCAAGAGGGCUCCCCAGAGAUUGUAGUGCGUCCCCGUCCCCGUCCCAGCGUCGUCCAGCCCUCCAUACCGCCAGAGAUGUCCGAGAUCACCCUGCUUCCCCCCUCUUCAGCCAGCUUCUCCCGGAGGUCCUCGCCUUCUUCCUCUCCUGCUCAUGGCCAGGUUAGCAGGAGGGCAAGUCCCAGCUAUCGCUCCCACAUGGCAUUUGCCUCCUCUGCCACAAGCUACCCAUCCCAGUCCCCGUCACCCCCCAUGGAAAGCAGCAACAUGUUUGGGCAGAUGCCAUCCCCGAGGAGAACUGAGGAGGAGGUCCUUCCAGCUGAGCCCUCUCCACCCCAGUUAUCAGCUUCAGGAAAUCGUCGAAGUGCGCCGAGUGUCCCUGCGCGGUCUGAGAGGAUUGAUGCACUGAGAUACCAACGUAUUAAAAAGGCCAAGAAGAUGAUGGUAGUCAACAACAACAACUCCAAGUCCAGAAGGAAAACAGGUGUUUCCACCUCUCAGACCCAGCAGGACCACACCUCUCAGGUACUCCAGCCCGAAGAAGCUCUCUACCUCCACAAGAAGAAGAAAAGGCCCGUCAGACAGGACCCUUACACCCGCUUCUCCGCUCUGCUGUACCGCCGCCCGCCGCGGGAGGAUCAGAAGGCAAUUUUGGCCAGCAUGGACAACAUGGACCCAGACCACGCCACACUCCUCUGAGCCUUUGGGGGAGUCAGGUUACCCUCUUCCCCCAAAAUGCCAUAAAACCUCCUGGAAAAUGACCCCUCAGUCUAAAACGUUGUUCAUUCCCCAGUGUCAAUCAGUUGUUUUCAGUUGAAAGGCUUUCCGAAGUUCCCAACGUUUUACUCCAGUGCAAAACAUUUAAUUUAAGGGAAGCAAUAUUGUGCGAUUCAACCUUAUUUUUCCACACAUAAAAAAAAAAAGACCCAUCUAGUCUGAGGUCUCAUAUUUAUAUUCCAGUAUUAAUUUAAGUGUUUAAGUGCAAAAGAGGCGUACAUCCUGACCCCAGUAUCAAAACAACUCGUGAGGCCUAGUUAGGUCUCAGUUUACAGCACUUGGCUCACUCUAUUCUCCUUACCUGCCUUACCCUGCCAGCUAGCAUCUAUCACCCAGAGACUUAUAUACUCCACCCAGGGUUCUUACUCACAUCCUACAAAAUAUACCUCAGAGCACAGGAUAUGGCACCACGACGUCAACACUCAGCUAGCUAAACACAACUACACUGUAUGUGUUUUGUUAUUCUUAUUACUUCUUUAGGCAUUUUUUAAUUGAAAGAUUUGACACUCGAAUUGUCAAAAUCCAAUUGGUCACAACAUACUGUAUACCAUAAUAAGGUAAGUGUACAGUAUCUCUACAGACAAUUGUCGAGGGUUAUCAUGCAAAACAAAAUAUCUGGUCAUUUGACACACCAUAAUCAGUGUUCAUAAUGGCUAUUAGGGAAAUUGAACAUGUUAUGCUUUUUGUUACAUAUAUCAGCUUCAUAACCGUCUAAACAUAGAUAAACAUUAACUUAAUUUCAUUCUGGAACUGUCAGCAAUUCCCCUUAUGGGAAAGAUCUGUCAUAAUCUAAGCACAAAGGCUCAUAGAUCUAUUUUGAAUAGGGCAAGGGGAGGGAAUUAAUGAGGAUUAUGCUCCAUUUGAACAGAAGGCAACUGUACUGUAGACCAUUACAUCUCUCAAGGCACACUAUCUCAAACAGUCUAUAAAACACAUGCUACUGCCCUAGUUACUACUCAAUUUGGACUUUCAGCAUGUCUCAUCAUCUUGGGAAAAUAAUUUGCACUGGAGGAAAAUCUUGGCUUUUGCCAUUUUGCUAAAUGAUGUUUGUUUUCCUCUUGAUUCUAUCUUAACUUAUAGUAGCACACUUAUGUUGUGGGUAGUUCCGAGGGCUACAUAUCCUAUUUAAAAAGUACUAUAGUAUUGCCAAAAAUACUACAACUUCCUUAAUCAAUAAAAACAACAAGUGUACUGUACUGAGAGGAGGAUAGGAUUUUGUGCCAUAGUAUACUAUAGUAUUUUUUCAUUUAUAUAUGAGGGCCUGAUUCUAUGAACAAAUGACUUAGGGUAGCCUUGAUACUGUAGGGUUUCUGGUUCCCUGCUUAAUUUUUUUCUCUCAUUUUCAAUUUAUUCAUGAAAGUAACUGCUUUUGAUGACAAUAUGUUGUAUUUAUAGCCUUGGCAUAUUUUCCUCUUUAUGUGCUUGGAAUUCCACAUGGCUGUGAUGAGAACAUUUGUCUAUUCCUCUCCAGAAAGAUCUAUGGAGGAUAUUUCUAUGGCAUAACAGGGCUACGCAAUGUGGCCAAAGUUAUUUUUUUUCUAAAAUCGUUUUAUUUUCUUCCUGUCAUUGAAGGGUGCUUUUUUUUCUAUAAAUUGACAUGUGUUAUUGUGUAGAUAUAGACAUAUCUGGGCUUAUUGAAACCGAACUACGUAUGUGGGUCAUGGCAAUCUGGUUGUAAUUAGAGGAGAGGGGUGCUUGGAAUGGGUUCACCCAUAUAUGUAGGAACACAGGUGCUGCUGUGCAUAUUUUUUUGUUAAACUAUUUGAGUUGUUGUUGGUUUGAAAUGUAUAUCUGAAUUGGCAUUCGGGUAUAUUAAUCUUCAUCAUCAUAUACUAUUUACUAUAAGCAAGGUCCACUAUACAAUAAAGGUAAUCAAGAAUUGCAACUUCAGGUGCUAACAAAAUAAUUGAAUCUGAAAGUAGCAUUGUUACUUUCAGAGAGAUGAGCAAUUCCAGAGGAAUGACAGCCACCACAAAUAUGAAAUUAUUCUGUAAUUGAUCAUGUUUGAUGUUUUAAGGUUGGUGCAGUAUAAACAUUUCUUUGACAUGCUUUGUACUAUGCUUCCCUUCCAACAUUUAUCUUUUGCUUCUUAAGCAACAUUUUUAGUUUGAGUCUUAAAGAUUAGAUUCUAAAUCAUGGAACACAGUGCUAAUGUUAAAUUCAUUUUUGGCAUCUAUAACUAUUAAACUGUCAGCAUAGUGUUUUUUAAAUCAAUAAUGAUUGUGGAGGAACACAUUGAGGAGGAAUAUAUGCCUAGUGACGUACCUUAAUGAGUUGAAAGAAAGACAAAGAAACAUAGCUAAAGAGAAAUCUCUCAAAGCUACACUAUACAGCAGUUUUAUAGAAUCAGUUUGUUGUGUAUUCUGUUUGACUUUUGGCCAAAUGGCCAUUAGUUGUUGACUUUUGUUUAACAGUACCGAACUUGGAUGGAUUUUAAUGACCAAUUUGUGGCUAAACUGAACCUGAGUGUUACGUUUUGCGUAGUUCCCAUCAUCAGGACAUAUUCCUUUAAAAUCAUAGUUGAUUUUAAAGGAUGUUUUUAUUCAGAAUUUUCUAAUCAACUGAAUAGUUUGAAAUCUCUCUCUCUAUAUAUAUAU